CGCACAGCUCCGCUUCCGGGGGCCAGUCCUCACUACCCACAAUGCUGUGCGAUAUCGACCUGUCGCAAAGGCCGCGUUUCGGCGGCGAGUGAGCGCCCAGCUUUCCGUGCGGUGCGGCAGCGACGGCGGCCCGCGUCUUCCGCCUCCUCCUGCCGCAGGGCCAGAUACCCUGACGGUAUCCAGGUGCGCUUAAGUCUGGCCGGUGCCACCAGUCUCCGCAAUGCCCCCCAAGAAACAGGCUCAGGCCGGGGGCAGCAAAAAGGCGGAGCAGAAAAAGAAGGAGAAGAUUAUAGAAGACAAGACUUUUGGUCUAAAGAAUAAGAAAGGAGCAAAGCAACAGAAGUUUAUCAAGGCUGUCACUCAUCAAGUUAAAUUUGGUCAACAAAAUCCACGUCAGGUAGCACAGAGUGAAGCUGAAAAGAAAUUGAAGAAAGAUGACAAGAAGAAAGAAUUGCAAGAGCUAAAUGAGCUAUUCAAACCUGUAGUUGCAGCUCAAAAAAUAAGUAAAGGUGCAGAUCCCAAAUCUGUGGUAUGUGCAUUCUUCAAGCAAGGACAGUGUACUAAAGGAGAUAAGUGUAAGUUCUCUCAUGACCUGACUCUGGAGAGAAAGUGUGAAAAGCGAAGUGUUUACAUUGAUGCAAGAGAUGAAGAACUUGAAAAAGAUACUAUGGAUAAUUGGGAUGAGAAAAAACUGGAAGAAGUAGUGAACAAGAAGCACGGUGAGGCGGAAAAGAAAAAACCAAAAACUCAAAUAGUGUGUAAGCAUUUCCUUGAAGCUAUUGAAAACAACAAAUAUGGCUGGUUUUGGGUAUGCCCUGGAGGGGGUGAUAUCUGCAUGUAUCGUCAUGCACUUCCUCCUGGAUUCGUAUUGAAAAAAGAUAAAAAGAAAGAAGAGAAAGAAGAUGAAAUUUCAUUAGAAGAUCUCAUUGAAAGAGAGCGUUCUGCUCUAGGUCCAAAUGUUACCAAAAUUACUCUAGAAUCUUUUCUUGCAUGGAAGAAAAGGAAAAGACAAGAAAAGAUUGAUAAACUUGAGCAAGAUAUGGAAAGAAGGAAAGCAGACUUUAAAGCAGGGAAAGCAUUAGUGAUCAGUGGUCGUGAAGUGUUUGAAUUUCGUCCUGAACUGGUUGAUGAUGAUGAUGAGGAAGCGGAUGAUACCCAGUACACCCAGGGAAUAGGUGGUGAUGAGGUUGAUGAUUCAGUGAGUAUAAAUGACAUAGAUUUAAGCCUGUACAUCCCAAGAGAUGUAGAUGAGACGGGUAUUACUGUAGCCAGUCUUGAAAGAUUCAGCACAUAUACUUCAGAAAAAGAUGAAAACAAAUUAAGUGAAGCUUCCGGAGGUAGGGCUGAAAAUGGUGAAAGAAGUGAUUUAGAAGAGGACAACGAAGGGGAGGGACAGGAAAAUGGAUCCAUCGAUGCUGUUCCUGUUGAUGAAAAUCUUUUUACUGGGGAAGAUUUGGAUGAACUAGAAGAAGAAUUAAACACACUUGAUUUAGAAGAAUGACACCAAACAAGUCAAUGAAAAAAUUAAGCCAACUCAGCAUGAGUUGAAAUUGACUACAUUAAUUUUUUUCCACUUAGACUUCUUCAGGAUGUUUAUUUCCCAUGCUGGUAUUCUGGAGGGCUUAAACUCUCCUCCAGAAAAGGAAUAUUCUCCCUACGUUUUGUCUUCUGACUUUGGCUACAUCUCAUAGUAAGUUCAGAGUAGUUCAUGAUAAAUUGAAAAUAUAAUGGUCAUUGCAGAAAAUGAUUGAUUGUUGUAACUGUCCACUCAAGUAGAAAGUGUAACUGCUUUUCCAGCUUUUAAUUUUCAUUGGGCAUGUGUUAUUCCAAGGACAACAAAAAUUUAAAAUACCCUUUAUUUAAUUCAGUUUUUAAUGAAUGAUUUUGUUUCUUUUGUAUUUAUAUAUGUUUAAAAGACUGCCUAAAAUAUGAGUGCUGUACAUCAUAAAGGAAACUGCAUAUGCAGAUUCAGUAUUGUAAUUCUUUGAACAUUUAAAAUGAAACCUUUAAUCUGACAAGAUCAGUUGCAAUGCCCUGUGUUAAACUGUUUUAAACUUUUUCCUCUUCUUUUUUGCCAAUAAAGUUGUAAAUAAAGACCAUCAUACAUUAAAAUUCAAA